CGUUUUUUUUGUUUUUUUUUCUCGUUCUUGUGAGUAAACCGAGGCAUAAUGAUUCGGGCUCUUCGCGGUGUAUCGUUAAUUCAGUCAUUGGAAAAAAUAACAAACGAAAUAUACAGAGACCGAAGUUUGAGUGAAAAUUUUCUGAGUAAUCACCGACGUACGAUACGAAUGAUGGAAUCUUUUCUUCUUUGUGUUUUUUUUCAUUUUUGCACACACGCACUUUUAUCGAGUGAGUAAAAUUGAUAGGACGAUUGAACAACUUGUGGGAAAAAUUAUUCGAGAUAAUACUUAUGUUUCACGUGUUCAAUUUGGAAAUGGAAGUUUAAACUUCGUGCGAUCACUGGAGAGAAAACAACGAAAAAUUAUUCAGACCAGAGGAGGGAUAGAAAUUCUAGAAUCCAGAGAGAAAUUCUAGAGGAAUAAAAAUUUCGAAAGUUUUGAUGUACAAGUGUAUCGGUAUAGCUUACUCUGAACUUUCAGACCUAACCGAAUUGAAAUGAAAAUUUGCUGAAAAAGUUCUUCGUUGCUUCGCGCUGAAUGACUUUAGAUGUCCAUGAGCGCAUAGACGGAGGGAACGGGUUGACCGGAUGGGGGAAUAAACGACUCUAACAAACGGAAAAAUCGACAAUGAAUAAACAAAAAGUUAAAUAAAAUUAAAACGCAAAAACCGUUGUGGCAAAAACUAAACAGUGUAUAAUAAUGGUGAAAAUAAGUCGGCAACUGAUCGGUGUGCCGAAGGAAGUCCCGCAACGAUUAGCAGUCUCCAGGAUAAUCGAUGCAAGUCCUUGUUCUAUAUCGACAACUGUGGAGUAAUAGCAAUAGAAAAGAGAAAAAAAAAAAAUAGUGCAAAAGUAUCUUGCAGAGCUGCUGGUGCAAUUUAGUAAAAAAAUUGAAAAAAAAACAAAAAAACCAACCGUUCAAGUGACGUAUAAUUAGCAUAAAAUUACUCGUUCGCGGCUCAAUAAUUUUUUUUUUUCUUCUAAUUUGCACCAUUAAACACUUAUAAAUGUAUGUAUUUAUGUAUAUGCAGACCGUAUAAAAGUUUUUGAGAUCGAGUUUCAUAAGAUUUAAUAUUUUUCCAAGCAAAUACCCACAGGUACCUGACAUAGGUUUAAUACGUGGUGUUUAAUCUCGAAAGAGGACAGAAACUUUUCAUUCGGAGCGAGAAUCGAUCGAACCUCAGUCGUCGAAGUUAUUCGUCUUCGUCGUUGAAUUUUUGUGAUCCAAAUAAACGACAAAAAUUGAAUAAAUAAAAAUAGAACAAUGGCGGUCGGUCUUGUGACGAUUAUAACAAGUGCGGUCAAAGCAGCGACGGUUCUACUGGGGGUGGGAAAGUUGACUUUUAUUCCUACGCUUAUAGUAGCGUUGGCCUACUACAAUUACGACCUGAUGGAUCCUGAAAAUCAGCCACGAGAUACAAAAGUUAUUCGUAAAGAAUACGACUUCAUCGUGAUCGGUGGCGGUUCCGCGGGAAGCGUCCUCGCGAAUCGUUUGACCGAAAUCCCGGAGUGGAGUGUCCUGCUACUAGAAGCUGGAGGAUAUGAAACGGAAAUCACGGAUGUUCCGAUCCUUUCGUUGUAUCUUCACAAGAGUAAAUAUGAUUGGAAAUACAGAACGCAACCGCAGAAUUCGGCCUGUCAAGCCAUGGUGGACCAACGGUGCUGCUGGACGAGAGGAAAAGUUCUCGGAGGAUCGAGCGUGCUCAACACGAUGUUGUACGUCAGAGGAAAUCGUCGGGACUUCGAUCAGUGGGAAAGUUUUGGUAACUACGGCUGGGGUUGGGACGACGUCUUACCCUAUUUCAAAAAGUCCGAAGACCAGAGGAACCCCUACUUGGCUCGCAAUACCAAACAUCAUAGUACAGGUGGCUAUCUCACCGUACAGGACGCGCCGUACAACACUCCCUUAGGAGUAGCCUUUCUUCAGGCGGGUGAAGAAAUGGGUUACGACAUCGUGGACAUCAACGGUGAACAGCAAACAGGAUUCGCAUUUUAUCAGUACACGAUGAGAAGAGGUACGAGAUGCAGUGCGGCAAAGGCAUUUAUACGGCCAGUGAGACUACGUAAAAAUUUGGAAAUUUCUCUCUGGUCCCACGUGACGAAAGUGUUGAUAAAUCCCGAGACUAAGCGAGCUUUCGGUGUAGAGUUCAUCAAGGAGGAAAAACGUCACGUCGUGUUAGCGAAGAAGGAAGUGAUUUUGUCCGCCGGAGCGAUAAACUCUCCCCAACUUUUGAUGCUAUCGGGCGUCGGCCCUCGACAUCAUCUCGAAGAGGUCGGAAUUCACGUGAUAAAAGACUCUCCCGGUGUGGGUCAGAAUCUCCAAGACCACAUAGCGGUCGGCGGUCUGGCUUUCCUAAUCGACCACGAGAUUAGCUUGGUAAUGAAUCGUUUGGUGAAUAUAAAUUCAGCGUUCAGGUAUGCCAUUACAGAGGACGGCCCUCUAACCUCCAGUGUAGGUCUGGAGGCUGUUGCUUUUAUAUCAACGAAGUACGCCAAUGUAACGGACGAUUGGCCGGACAUGGAGUUCAUGCUGACGGCGUCGUCGACGAAUUCGGACGGCGGUACGCACGUGAAAAAUGCACACGGAUUGACGGACGAGUUUUACAACGAGGUAUUCGGAAAGAUAAACAAUCGCGACGUGUUCGGUGUAUUCCCGAUGAUGUUACGUCCGAAAUCUCGCGGUUUCAUAAAACUGAAGUCUAAAAACCCUCUGGACUAUCCUCUCAUGUAUCACAAUUACUUGACGCAUCCGGACGACGUCGGGGUACUCCGCGAGGGCGUCAAAGCCGCCGUAGCGUUUGGCGAAACGACGACCAUGCGAAGAUUCGGUGCAAGAUUUCACAGCAAACCGGUACCGAAUUGCAAACAUCUUCCUCUGUUCACCGACGAUUAUUGGAACUGCGCCAUUCGACAAUAUACCAUGACCAUCUAUCAUAUGAGUUGUACGGCGAAAAUGGGGGUUCCCAGUGACCGUAUGGCCGUUUUAGACCCCGAACUCAGGGUAUACGGAAUUCAAGGUCUCAGGGUGAUCGACGCUUCUAUUAUGCCAACGAUCACGAACGGUAAUAUCAAUGCCCCCGUGAUUAUGAUCGCCGAAAAGGGGGCGGACAUGAUAAAGCAACAGUGGCUGUGGCAGAGAAGGAGUGACAAUAACACAGUUGGAGCAGCGUGACGAUCUCUCGUUGAUUGACGUCAUUCACCGACUGCGUUUCAAAUGUUUUGUUUUCUUUCAUACUUCAUCUCCAAAAAAGUGAAACUCCAUCUCCGAAAUUCCUUCGAUUCUCCAUGACGUCUGUGCUCCCCGAAUGUCAUCCCUUUUUCGUGGCAUUGUAGAAUAGAACUAGAUAUUUUUAAACUAAUAGAAAAAAAAAAAAACAAUCUCAACGUGCUGCGAGUGAAAUGAAGCGAGAUCAUUAUUCACCAGCCAGUUGUACUACCUCAGAUCCCAGACCACAGUAAAGUCCGGUGUCAAUGAGACCAACUAACAACAAUGACGAAAACUAAAAGGCAAUGAACGAGAACUUGGACAUGAAAUUAUUCCAACUUAAAUAUGAGUCAGUUACCACCAGCGAAUGGUUUUUAUUCGUCGUUGAGAACGAUUUUCAGGUCUUUGAUUCGAUCGAUCGAAUUCAGCCUGAAUCUACAGCGAUGAGCUGAAGGAAAGACUGUGCAAAGAGUGCUCCGAAUUGCCCCGAUGGAUGUGUGUGUAAAAAUAAGCCUAACAAUGAAAAAAUAACGCGUCGAUUGAUUUUUGAUAAAAUCCCAAGAGACAUCGAUGAUUAGAAUAAACUGAUUCAUUAAAUUAUCACUGUUGACUAAUUCUUAAGAAUAGCCGGUAACACGUUUAUGUAUAUAAUGUUAUCGGAUCUGAAAUCAAAAGAAUAAAUUGUAUAGUAUAUUUUUCGAUUA